AUGGGACCCUUCCUGGAGGGGCAGAGUGGGACUAAGAAGGGUUUGUUGACUUCCUUGGCAGACAGCCAUGGCCUAAAGGUUGAGAUUAUCGUUGGGGGCCACCUUCAGAAGCAGCUGGCCCGAGCACUCCUGACGCUGAGCUGGCCUCCAUGCCCCAGUAUCUGUGUUUCCACCAGGCACCUUGAGAGCCUGGCAGACCUGCAGAAGCAGGGGCAUGCGUGCUUUUAUGACAGCGCUCAGCUGGUGGCCUGGGCAGACGUUGCAUUCCUCUGCUGCCUCCCAUCACAGGUGCUGUCCCUCUGGUCUGCUGUUCGGCCUGCCAUCCAGAAACCCUAUGCUGUGUACAGCUUUGUCACCACCGUCCCUCUCCUCAGGCUGCAGCAGCUCCGUUGCCGCAGUGCCAUCGUGAGGCCGCGGUGCCGGUGCUCUGCCCGGAAGCCUGUCGAUGGGGUCGAAGGGGACAGUCCCAGUGCACUGCGGGACCCUGCGCUUCCCGAGGUCGAAGCUCUCUUUUGGCUGAGGAGGAAAAUAAGAGUCAAUGCUGAAUGGCUGGAGGACAUUUUCUGUGCAGCCCUGAACAGCAGUACGUGGCAGAGCCUGCCUCCCCAGAAGGCACUGAAAUUACUCAGUCACCUCUCUUCUCCUGAAUGCUGCCCCAUCCAUGCAGAGCUGAAAACUUCCUGCCCACCACUUGUGUGCAAGAGUUUUGGCAGCAAAACUCUUUUGCCUCUUCAAACCUUCCCCUGGUUUGACCUGAUAGCUGCACAACUGAGGUCUCCCUUUAGCCAGCUGCUAGAAGCGAGUGAGCUUGUCCAGGGCCAUCUUGCUCUGCUCUACCAGGCAUCCUUUGGAGACUGGCCUACAAAGCAAUGUGGGCUGAUCAGCACCAAGACAUCUUUUACUUCAGCUGUAGCAGAGCCUUGUGUGACAUUGGAUGACAAUUCUUAAUUCUCCACAGCUGCUUCUGACAUUUUCUCAGAAAUUCCAGAGGAAACUGCUAUCUAUGGUUCUAAAUCCUUGUAA